AUGGCGACGGCGGCGACCCUCCCCUCCUCCUCCUCCUCCGCCGCCGCCGCGGUCCAGACCAUAUCCCGCGUCCUCUCCUUCCCCCGCCGCGGCGGCGGGGGCUUCCUCCACCUCCGCCGCCACCCCCUCGCGGCUGCGGCUGCCGCCACCCGGGGCCGGGGCCCGCUCCUCCGCCUCGGCCCGCGCCGCCCGUUCUCCGCCUCCGCCUCCGCCGGGGAUAACGGGGCCGCUGCGGGCGGCGAUGGGGGUGGGUGCGACUACGACUACGACCUCUUCACCAUCGGCGCCGGGAGCGGCGGGAUGCGGGCGUCGCGCGUCGCCGCCUCCCUCUACGGCGCCCGCGCCGCCGUCUGCGAGAUGCCCUUCGCCACCGUCGCGUCCGACAGCCUCGGCGGCGUCGGCGGAACAUGUGUGCUUCGUGGCUGUGUCCCAAAGAAACUGCUGGUGUAUGCAUCCAAAUACUCUCAUGAGUUUGAAGAGAGUCAUGGCUUUGGGUGGAGGUAUGGCACUGAGCCAAAGCAUGACUGGAGCACUCUGAUGACCAACAAGAAUUUAGAGUUGCAGCGCUUGGUGGGGGUUCAGACAAACAUGCUAAAGAAUUCUGGGGUCACUAUAAUUGAAGGCCGUGGAAAGGUUGUUGAUCCACAUACUGUCAGUGUUGAUGGAAAGCUUUAUACUGCAAAAAACAUACUCAUUGCAGUUGGUGGUCGGCCAUCCAUGCCAGACAUUCCAGGGAUAGAGCAUGUUAUUGAUUCAGAUGCAGCAUUGGACCUGCCUUCAAGACCUGAGAAGAUUGCGAUAGUAGGAGGAGGGUAUAUUGCUUUGGAGUUUGCUGGCAUUUUCAAUGGCUUAAAAAGUGGUGUUCAUGUUUUCAUCCGACAGAAGAAAGUACUGAGAGGCUUUGAUGAGGAGGUCAGGGAUUUUGUUGCCGAUCAGAUGUCUUUGAGGGGUAUCACAUUUCAUACCGAAGAGACUCCUCAAGCAGUAAUGAAAUCAGACGAUGGCUUGCUGACUCUGACGACAAACAAAGGAAGCAUAAAUGGGUUCUCACAUGUAAUGUUUGCAACAGGACGAAAACCAAAUACAAAGAAUUUGGGUCUAGAAGAGGUUGGGGUCAAAAUGGACAAGCAUGGUGCUAUUGUGGUUGAUGAGUUCUCUCGAACCUCAGUUGAUUCUAUAUGGGCUGUGGGUGAUGUUACUAACAGGGUGAACUUGACACCGGUUGCAUUAAUGGAAGGUGGGGCAUUAGCAAGGACUAUUUUUGGCAAUGAACCUACAAAACCAGAUUACAGUGCUGUGCCAUCUGCGGUGUUUUCCCAACCUCCAAUUGGACAAGUUGGACUCACUGAAGAGAAGGCGAUCGAAAAGUAUGGAGAUGUUGAUGUCUACACAUCAAACUUCAGACCUCUCAGGGCCACUCUUUCUGGUCUACCUGAUCGUGUAUACAUGAAGGUUAUCGUGUGUGCUAAUACUAACAAAGUUCUAGGAGUGCACGUGUGUGGUGAAGAUGCACCCGAGAUUAUUCAGGGUAUUGCAAUUGCUGUAAAGGCUGGGUUGAUGAAGCAAAACUUUGAUGCCACCAUAGGUGUCCACCCAACCACUGCAGAAGAACUUGUCACAAUGAGAAGCCCGACUAGGAAGGUCCGGAGAGAUGCUGUGGAUGAGGCCAAAAUGAAAGAUGAGGCCACAAGUCAGAAGUAGAUACACCUGCCCUGCAUAAAUGAGUUUGUGUUGCAGUCUGACCAGUCGAUUUCUAACCGCGGAAACAACAGACAGAUAUCGGUAUUUCGAGCAGUACCAGAGAAAUCCAACCCACGAUUGCAGCCAGUGAAGAACGGAGAUGAGUUACAGCAAAUGGCUAGCUAUCUCGUAUAUUGCAUGGUUUAUAAGUUCAUUAUUAUAGAAACCAGCUCAAGUUCCUUUUAUUUUUUUGGCCUAACAUGUUACUGAAAGAAAUGCUUCAGGUCCCGGUCAAAAAAAAGAAAGAAAUGCUUCAGGAUGUUGAUAGUAUUGCCGCAUGAAAUUUUUUGAUUAAACAACAAAUUUCUUGAGUACCUUCUCCUGAACUAUUGACUGGUUUAUGUACAUGUGAUCCGUGGAUCAAGCAUCCAUCUAUUUUGCUUCCAGUUCCAGAUAUCCAGAGGUAUAUUAUAUAAUAUCACUGUGCCGUUCUGAAUGUAAAUCGUGACUGCAAGUUGUAACCCAUUCAUUCGUGGUGUGGUCCUACACACUAAGCUUUUUGUUCC